GGGCUGAGCGCAUGGAGCGGCGCGGGCCGGGGGCCGCGGCGGCGAGGGGCCGGGCCGGGCCGGGCGGAGCCAGACCAGCCGAGUCCCACGUAAACAGCUGUGAGGACUACUUCCUGCCACCCGCAGACCCGGCCUUUAGGCUGCCCGAGGCCAAUGAACCCCAUGCACCCCGUAAAACCCGCCCUGCCCCCCACACCGCACGGUGAUGGUCCAUUUGCUUAUGAGCCGGUGCCUUGGCAGCAGAGCGCCACUCAGCCAGCAGGGUCGCUGUCUGUCGUCACGACCGUGUGGGGCGUCGGCAACGCGGCACAGAGUCAGGUUUUGGGGAACCCCAUGGGCCCUGCAGGGAGCCCCCCCGGCAGCUCUGUAAUGCCUGGUGUGGCAGGUGGUGGCCCUGCCCUGAACUCUGCACAGUGCCUCGGACAGCAGGCGUUUGGCGAGGGCGCUGCCAACAAGGGCUUCGUGCAGCAAGGAGUGUAUGGCCGCGGGGGCUACCCAGGGGGCCCUGGCUUCACGGCUGGGUAUGCGGGCGGCCCGGGGGGGCCAGGGGGCCUGGGUCUGCCCUCACAUGCCACACGACCCUCCACCGAUUUUACUCAGGCGGCAGCAGCAGCUGCAGUGGCUGCUGCUGCGGCCACCGCCACGGCCACCGCCACGGCCACCGUGGCUGCCCUCCAGGAGAAGCAGAGCCAGGAGCUGAGCCAGUACGGAGCGAUGGGGGCCGGGCGCUUUAACAGCCAGUUCCUGCAGCACGGAGGUCCCCGGGGGCCCAGUGUCCCUGGCAGCAUGAACCCCACCAGCGUGGGAGGGCUGCUGGGCCCCUCUGGCAUGAACCCCAUGGGCAUGAACCCCACCCGGGCAGCAGGCAUGGCACCCCUCUAUGCAGGGCAGCGCCUGCCCCAGCACGGGUACCGGCCUCCCCAGGCCCAGCCACUGCCCCGACAGGGGGUCAAGAGAGCCUACUCCAGCGAGGUUUAUCCAGGACAGCAGUACCUGCCAGGAAGCCAGUACGGACCCAGUGCCACCCAGUACACGUCCGGUGCCGGGCCACCCCCUGCCCCGUCCUCCUACCCUGGGCACCGGCUGCCCCUUCAGCAGGGUGUGGGCCAGUCCCUGUCCGCCUCUGGCCCAGCAGGACUGCACUACAAGCCCACAGAGCAGUUCAACGGGCAGGGUGCCAACUUCAACGGGGGAAGCAUCAGCUACAGCCAGCCCGGCCUGAGUGGGCCCACCCGUUCCAUCCCUGGCUACCCCAGCUCCCCACUGCCUGGGAGCCCCACGCCACCCAUGACCCCCGGCAGCAGCGUCCCCUACAUGUCCACCAGCCAGGAGGUCAAAUCGCCUUUCCUGCCGGACCUCAAGCCCAGCGUGAGCUCCUUGCACCCAUCACCCCCUAGCAGCGGCCCGGGUGACGAGCUGCGGCUGACCUUCCCGGUGCGGGACGGGGUAGUGCUGGAGCCCUUCCGCCUGCAGCACAACCUGGCUGUGAGCAACCACGCGUUCCAGCUCCGGGACUCUGUCUACAAGACCUUGAUGCUGAGGCCAGACCUGGAGCUGCAGUUCAAGUGCUAUCACCAUGAGGACCGGCAGACCACACCACUGGCCGCGUCGGUGCAGGUCAGCGUCAACGCCACCCCGCUCACCAUCGAGCGCGGCGACAACAAGACUUCCCACAAGCCGCUGUACCUGAAGCACGUGUGGCAGCCGGGCCGCAACACCAUCCAGAUCACAGUCACAGCCUGCUGCUGCUCCCACCUGUUCGUGCUGCAGCUGGUGCACCGGCCGUCCGUCCGCUCGGUGCUGCAGGGCCUCCUCAGGAAGCGCCUCCUGCCCGCGGAGCACUGUAUCACCAAGAUAAAACGCAACUUCAGCAGCGGCACCGUCCCCGGCACCCCUGGGCCCAACGGUGAGGACGGGGUGGAGCAGACAGCCAUCAAGGUGUCCCUCAGGUGCCCCAUCACAUUCCGCAGGAUCCAGCUCCCCGCCCGAGGCCAUGACUGUCGCCACAUACAGUGUUUCGACCUGGAGUCCUACCUGCAGCUCAACUGUGAGCGGGGGACCUGGCGGUGCCCUGUGUGCAACAAGACAGCGCUGCUGGAGGGCCUGCAGGUGGACCAGUAUGUGCUGGGCGUCCUCGUUCACAUUCAGAAUUCUGACUACGAGGAGAUCACCAUCGACCCCACGUGCAGCUGGAAGCCGGUGCCCGUAAAGCCCGACGUUCACGUCAAGGAAGAGCCGGAUGGGCCAGUGCUGAAGCGCUGUCGCACCGUGAGCCCCGCACACAUGCUCAUGCCCAGCGUGAUGGAGAUGAUAGCAGCCCUGGGCCCCGCCGCCGCCCCCUUCGCCCCCCUGCAGCCCCCCUCGGCCCCGGCCCCAGCCCCUGGUGACUACCCCGGCCAGGGUUCCAGCUUCCUGGGACCCGGGACCUUCCCUGAGUCCUUCCCGCCUGCCACGCCCAGCACCCCGGCCCUUCCUGAGUUCACCCCAGGGCCACCCCCCAGCUCCUACCAGUCCGACAUUCCUAGCAGCCUCCUGACACCUGAGAAGUCUGUUCCCUGCCUCCCAGGCCAGAUGCCGCCAGCGGGUCACCUGGACCCUGCACACAACCCAGGGGCUCCAGGGCUGCUCGCCCCCAGCCUUGGAGGUGCCCCAGGGCCCCAGCUGCACCAUCCAAACCCUCCCCCAGCAUCCCGGCAGCCCCUGGGCCCAGUGAGCUCAGGCCCCAUCGGCGAGUUGGCCUUCAGCACUGCCACAGGCGUGAUGGGGCCCCCCAUGUUCUGGGGCGGGGGGGGGAGGCCCCGGAACCAGCCCGGACGUGACCUGCUCCCAGAACUGACCAACCCCGAAGAACUGCUGUCCUACCUUGGCCCACCUGACCUCCCCACAAACAGCAAUGACGACCUUCUCUCUCUCUUCGAGAACAACUGAUCCUGUCGCCCCCGCCCAGCUGGCGGGGACACACCCGCAGAUGCCACCACACCCUGCCCCAGCCACCUGCCCACCACCCCCCUCGGACCGUGGAGGCAGCUGCGCUGGGUGGGAGGGGACCUCAGACACCCCGCCCCCGCCCAGCUCAGCCCCACCCCAUCCACCACCUGCUGCCCCCGACCCCAGCUGGGCCCCGUCCAUACACACCUGUGUCCCCAACCUCGCCCCCGGACCCAACCCUGCCUGCUCCCACCAGCCUGCAUCUUGUCCAGCGUUGACCCUUCUGUUGCAGUGACCCUGUGGCUCCCUGGCGAGGAGCAGGGCAGCCCUGUCCUGAGCCUGAGCUCGCAGUGGGAGCGGGUCCGUCUUCCCACCCGAAGCCUCAGUUCCAGGGCCAUGGGGUAGGAGGUCCAAAGCACAACAAUGUACAUAGUGUAGAAACACUAAGAGCUCUGGGCAAGCAGCCGGGGACCCCGCGGGCUCCUGCCCCUCCUGGGUGCAGACAGCGGGGCAGAUGGCCGUGAGCUUCGGUCUCCCGGGGGUGGGUGCCCAGACCCAGCUCUGUGUACAGACUCCAGCGGGCUGCCCGAGUACCCCUUUUCCGUGAACGUGAAGAAUUGGUCCCGCUGUGUUUUUUAAAACUGCCUCUCCCACGUCCACCCCAGGGCCAGGCCGGGUGGGGGAGGGGGGCCAGUCGUGUCCCCUGUCUGCCAGUCUCUAUUAAAGGACUCCUUCAAGGUGG